UGUGCCACAGCACAUGGGUUGGACAUCACUGCACUGAACUUCAAGGGUGUGGUACUGAAAAAAUGAUCAAAAUUGAUAGAAAUGUAAUUCUUCAGUUUUACAUCCUUGCUGAACUCAUAACUCCAAGAUUGACGUCAUUUAUGAAUUGCCCUUCUUGUGUUAUUUGUUCAAUAACCGCAAAGUUUCCCAAAUUCAUUGAAACUUUUUAUUUACAAUUUUCCUCUAAAAUUUGAAAAUUUUAAAGCUUAUUACCUGAAUCCUUUUACAAUCCAAAACUUUCUUGUAUAAAACAUCCCAAACAAAAGAACUUAAGAUUAAUCCAGAUUGGACAUUCCAGGACCAAAGAGGGUUAUCCCACCAAAAGUUGUGAAUACUUCAACAGGACCUUCAAAUUUGAGCAAGAUGAAUCAAUUCCAGCAGUCAUCAUUCGGGGAGAUGGACCUGCUCCGCUUCAUGUUUGAGCUUAAUCAUCAGUCAGUUGAUCCAGUCAGCCUACAGCAAAUGAUUUUCGAGCAUCAAAUGAGGAACCAGCUACAUUAUGCAGCCUUAACACCACCACCAGAACCACGACUAGCAUCACCAAUUGCUGACUCCUUUAAAUCCAACUUGAUGACAACUUCAACACCAGGAAAUGUGAAAAUCAACGAAAGUCAAAUCCCAGAACCAAAAAUCAUUUUUAAUUACGCGCCAAGCAAAACACCGGAACCUGAAAGAAUCGACUUGACACCGGACACGACAACAAUUCAUGACAUUGAGGAUGCAAAUGAAGAUUAUUUGGAAAAUGAUCCAGAAAAGUUGAGGAAAUUGCUGUUUUCAGAAAAGAUCACGGAAUGGUGUGGAUCAACAAUUUACCAUAACAUGCCAGACAUAGCGAUGCUUGAGUACGACAGGAUGUUACGUGACAAUCACAUCAUGAAAGUGGAAGUGAUUAACAAUAUUCAUGAGGAAAUUCCAAUUAAUUACGACUACAACCCAAACAAGUCAAGAAUCCGCACAAAUUAUGGAAAUCCAUCAAUUGCUGAAGGACGGACAAAGAACAACAUUGCAAGCCGUCGAUCCAGACAGAGGAAGAAGUUCCAGCAACACAUUUUGCAAUAUUCAGUUGAAUAUGAUGAAGAUGACAAUUUUUUGAUGGGCAAGCAGGAGAAGUGGUUGAGAGCAAUUGUUGAAAAUUUAGAGAGUAAAAUUGUGGCUCAAAAGGGGGUCGAAGGGGUUCAGGAGAUUAAAAAGUUGAGAAAGAAGUCAGGAUUUAUGUGAAACUUUGUGGAAAUGAUAAAAAGCAAAUGUACUUAAAAUUGAAAUUUGAAUGAAUAAAGAAUUUAUUAGCUUAGGGGCUGUUCUUAAAUGACGUCCUUCGAAAAUGAGUUUUUA